AAGAGUGACAUUCCCUGGGCGUCUCGGUGGGAUAUGUAUCUGUCCAUGUCGGAUGCGCGUGUACAUUGGCUAUCCAUGCUCAAUAGUCUGUUGAUUGUGCUGUUCCUGUCUGGUAUCGUCGCCAUCAUUAUCAUCCGCACACUCAGGAGGGAUAUUGCACGGUAUAACGAUCUGGAAGGUAAGUGA